AUGGACGGAAGGAAAACCUUAAACCACAAUAUGAAUAGCAAAAGUAAAAAUAUUGUUACAACUCCAGGAGGACAGGACCACCAGGAGUCGUUGGUAGUAGUCAACCGUGACCAAUCGGAUGAAGGGGUGUCCAGCAUAGACCCGGAUUCCGACAAUAAUGCUUCUGCUGAGACAGACGUGCCUCCGGGUACGCACCCAAGAGAUAUGACGUCAUAUAUUAUACAUCAUAGAGCCUAUGAUACCGGUGAGAACGUAGCUGUAGCUACCAAUCUGACCUUACCUGACUACAAGCGAAAACAUCGUAUGAAGAUGAUAACCAUAAUAGAAAAUUUUCUCGAACCUCAAGAGCCGCACUCGAUAUCCAUCAUGUUAUCGUGUUAA